AUCAUUCUCAAAUUUCAAAACCCAAAAAUAAACGGCCCCUUCGCUUUCCCGUCUCUCUUUUCUCAUCCGUCUCUCCAAAGCAAAGACUUGACUUAAAACACUCCAGCUUCCAUUUUGUUUUGUUGUUUUUUUUUCUCCACUUCUUAAAAAAUGGAGAACGAAUUUGCUGUAAAAGGAGAGAGAGAAAUGUCAAUGUGUGGAAGCAGAUAUGUGCAGUACAACAUCCUCGGAAACCUUUUCCAAGUCUCUUCUAAGUAUGUUCCUCCAAUUCAGCCCGUCGGUCGCGGCGCAUACGGCAUCAUUUGUAGUGCAACAAAUUCUGAGACAAAAGAACCGGUUGCUAUAAAAAAGAUUACGAAUGCAUUUGAUAACAUAAUUGAUGCUAAGAGAACUCUGCGCGAGAUCAAACUCCUAGGCCACAUGGAUCAUGACAAUAUUAUCAAGAUCAAGGACAUAAUUCCGCCGAUGGAUAAGGAAAAGUUCAAUGAUGUUUAUAUUGUUUGUGAACUGAUGGAUACUGACCUACAUCAGAUAAUUCGCUCUAGCCAAGUUUUAACUGAUGAUCACUGUCAGUAUUUCCUGUACCAACUAUUGCGGGGACUGAAAUACAUACACUCUGCAAAUGUAUUGCAUCGGGAUUUAAAGCCAAGCAACCUGCUUCUUGAUGCAGACUGUGAUCUCAAAAUUUGUGACUUUGGGCUUGCAAGGACCACUUCAGAGACAGAUUUCAUGACUGAGUAUGUAGUCACCAGAUGGUAUCGAGCCCCUGAAUUGCUGCUGAACUGUCCCGCGUAUACUGCAGCAAUUGAUAUUUGGUCUGUUGGUUGCAUUCUCAUGGAGAUUAUAAGGAGGGAGCCUCUUUUUCCUGGUAAAGAUUAUGUUCAGCAGUUGAAACUUAUAACUGAGCUGCUAGGUUCACCAGAUGAUUCAGAUCUUGGAUUCGUAAGAAGUGAUAAUGCUCGGAAGUAUGUCAAGCAGCUUCCACAUGUACCCAAGCAACCCUUUUCUCAGAAGUUCCCAAGCGUGUCUCCACUGGCAAUUGAUCUUGCUGAGAAAAUGCUAGUUUUUGAUCCAGCCAAACGGAUAACUGUUGAGGAAGCAUUGAAUCAUGCGUAUCUAUCAAGUCUUCAUGAGAUCAACGAAGAGCCCACUUGCCCGUAUCCUUUCAUGUUUGACUUUGAACAGACAACCUUGAAUGAAAGAGAUAUAAAAGAACUCGUAUUUAGAGAGUGUAUGAAGUUCAACCCUGAUAUGAUGCUUGAGUGAUCUGACUGACACCUGUCCUUUGUUUACGUUGUUUGCUACGAUAGAGUGAUCGAAAGAGUUGAUUAUGGUUUGUAAUGCUUGCAUGUAUAUCGUAUGUGUAGAAAUUCUGUACUACCAGAAAAAUUUGGUAGAUGGGUUCUCCCUCCUUGUAUUGAUAGGGUGGAGUUGCAGUAUGGAAUUUAUAUAAAUAACUGGAUAUUUUUAAGAUA